AAUCAUAUUUGUGGAGAAAGAUCGAUACAGAAAGGAGAUUCCACAAUGAGAAGGAUGAUGUCUCUCCUCUUCCUCCUGGUCCUGCUGGGUGCUCCUCAUGGGACGGCUGCGGCAGCCACUUGUUCAGAAUGCCAUCCAUACGCUCUGUGUGAGGAACAUGCAGAUUAUGUGCAAUGCGUCUGCAAGGACGGCUUGGUUGGAGACGGAUUCAACUGUUCGGAUAUUGAUGAGUGCGCCUAUAAAUGGACACACAACUGCUCUGUUGGCACAUGCCAGAACACGUUUGGCUCUUAUACCUGUCUCUGUCCGAGUGGUUUUGUCUUCUCAGGAGGUUCCUGUGUGCCCAUCAGAGAGUAUGACCGUCCUAGACUGGGCAGAGUUGAUCCCUUAGAUCCGGUAUGCUCUUAUGCGACUACUGGAUUUUCCUGUGUGUGUCCCAAUGGAUACUACAUGACUGAGUCCAAUUGUGAAUUUGAUGAGUGCCAAAGAAGUGACUGUGGCUUAGGAACUGAGUGUAUCAGUUCCCUUGGCUCCUAUUACUGCUCUGAUCCUUGUGUGACCCGCACCGUUCUCAAUGAGCCCUGGAGAAGCACAAGCAACACAGAACUCUCCUGGAACUGUGAUCUUUUCAAGAACGGAUGGUAUCAGUUUAAGGGCAGUGGCGGUGUUCGUAUACCCGAAUCCUGUGUACCCCAAUAUAGGUGUAAUACAAACGCUCCACUUUGGAUGAAUGGAACACAUCCGGUGAUUGCAGACGGCGUCGUGAAUCGCACUGUUUGUGCUAGUUAUGAUGGAAGUUGCUGCCAAUCGACAUCAACCAUCCAGGUUAAGGCGUGUCCCUUGGGAUACUAUGUGUACAAAUUAACUGGAACUCCAGAAUCCAAGUGCUACGUGUCCUAUUGUACAGCUGAGCGCUGGAGCUCUGAGAAGGGAGGGCUGAGCCCAGUCCUGACAGUAAUACUGUAUGUUUCUUAUGGUUGCAUUAUUAAACAAUGGUCUUUUUUUUCCUGUUUCUUGGUUGACCCACUUACAGUUGAAGAAGUCUGUCCAGCAGGUGAGGAAUGGAAGACGGGGGACAAAGGUGACAGAUGUUACUGCAAGGAUCAAUAUAAAGUUUCCAGUUUGUCAGACAUCCGUCCUGAGCUGACCUGUGGAGCGAACGAGAUGAGGGCCUCCUUCCAUAAGUGUCAGAUGAAGGAGUUGAACGCCAAUUUGAGUCGGGAGAAUAUAAAGAACGGCGACUGCUUCAGCUUUGAGGAUGACAACGUUACAAAUACAUUUUCAGUUCUGGCCUCUCUAAAAGCCGGAGGAUGCGGAGUCCAGUCCUCUCAAAAUGAAAGCCACAUCACAUAUCAAAGUACGAUUUCCGUUGAAUUCCACAAAGGAGUGAUAAUCACGAAGAAUGACACCUUGAACAUAACCGUGUCCUGUGCCUAUAAGCUGGAUAUGAUUACAAGUCUGAAUCUAGCCCUGAAACCUAUAAUCAGCUCGGUAGAUAUCGCAGUUGGAGGGACGGGACAAUUCCAGGCCAUCAUGGCUCUGUAUAAAGACAGCAGCUACACCACUCCAUAUGAAGGGUCAGAGGUCUCCUUGCCUUUGGAGAGCAUCUUGUAUAUUGGAGUCUUAAUUCAGGGUGCAGACAUAUUGCAGUACGCUCUGGUGAUGAGGAACUGCUACGCCACCCCAACCCAAUCUGCUAACGACACUCUGAAAUACUACAUCAUCAAAGACAGCUGUCCCAACAAGGAAGGUGAAGGCAUAAACGUUCUAGAGAACGGUCUCUCAGAGGAGGGACGGGUAUCUGUGCAGAUGUUUAAAUUUGUGGGAGAUUAUGACCUUGUCUACCUUCAUUGCGCUGUGAGCAUGUGCGAAGUCAAGUCUGGAGCCUGUCAACCGACUUGUACUUCAAGGAGUCAAAGAUCCGACUUGGACUCCUACAAUCUGAGAAUUGGACCAAUCAUCCGCUCAGAUAUCAUAGACUCAGCCAUCAGCAGUUCUCACAGUUUCUGGGCUCUGCUUCCCACCGCUCUGCUACUGCUGAUACUCUCCAUGUGAUCGGGACGUAACAUGUCUGUACGUCAUCCUGGGUGGACCAGUAUAUUAUCGGUGUGAUGUGGAGGGAAUGGGAUUGGUGCAAAUUUUAAAUCAACAUCCCACUAAUGAAUAGAAGAGACUUUUACAGACGCAUUUCAGACGUGUCUCCUCAGCCUGACCUUUCUUGGUUACGCUUUGCAUUGAAGACAAAAGAAAGACAUGAUUGUAAUAUUGUAACUGAAAACUGUAAAUUUGUUCUCUGGAAACUUUUUCUGAUGAUUUACCAAGAUUUUUAUCAAUUAUAACCGGAAAAAUAAAGCUUUAGCAUAAUGAUCACUAU